GCGAGCGCCGCGCCCCGUGGGUGAAUCCCCGCCGCGCGCCGGGGGGACCCUCCCUCCUGGGGAGGGGCGACCGCCAGCCCCCGCCACCAUGAGCCCCCCUCGCCUGCCUGCAGCCCCCCUGCACCCAGCCAGAGCCACCUCGGAGUCCUGGGGGCGGCGGGAGGUGGGGAGAAUGCCGCCUGGGGUGGGUAAGUUCGGGACUCCGGUGCCGCUGGAAUUUCCCAUUGUUGAGCGCGCCGCGGCCCCCGGACCUGCGAGUGCCUCCUCCCUCCGGAGGUGUGCGGAGCCUUUGUGUGCCAGGUCCGAUCCGUACUGGGUGCAAUGAAAGCUCUACGCAGGCCUUACCAUGGAAGGCUGUGACUCGCCCGUCGUCUCGGGGAAGGACAAUGGGUGCGGUGUCCCUCAGCACCAGCAAUGGACUGAACUCAACAGCACCCACCUCCCCGACAAACCCAGUAGCAUGGAGCAGUCCACAAGCGAGAACCACGGGCCCCUGGACAGCCUGAGGGCCCCCUUCAAUGAGCGCCUCGCGGAGAGCACUGCCUCGGCCGGCCCCACCGCCGAGCCCGCCGGCAAGGAGGUCAGCUGCAACGAGUGCUCGGCCUCCUUCGCCAGCUUGCAGACCUACAUGGAGCACCACUGUCCCAGCGCGCGCCCCCCGCUGCCCCUGAGGGAGGAGAGCGGGAGCGACACCAGUGAGGACGGGGACGAGGAGAGUGAUGUGGAGAACCUGGCUGGGGAGAUCGUCUACCAGCCCGACGGCUCGGCCUACAUUGUCGAGAGCCUGAGCCAGCUGACCCAAAGCGGGGGCGCCUGUGGCAGCGGCAGCGGGCCCCCCCCCUCGCUCUUCCUGAACUCUCUCCCCGGGGCGGGGGGCAAACAAGGGGACCCUUCUUGUGCUGCACCAGUCUACCCACAGAUCAUCAACACUUUCCACAUAGCCUCAUCCUUCGGGAAAUGGUUUGAGGGCCCAGACCAGGCUUUCCCGAAUACCUCAGCCCUGACGGGGCUAAGCCCUGUCCUGCACAGCUUCCGCGUGUUUGACGUGCGACACAAAAGCAACAAGGAUUACCUGAACAGCGAUGGCUCCGCCAAAAGCUCCUGCGUAUCCAAAGAUGUUCCCAACAACGUGGACCUGUCCAAAUUCGAUGGCUUUGUGCUCUAUGGCAAGAGGAAGCCCAUCCUGAUGUGCUUCCUGUGCAAACUGUCCUUCGGGUACGUCCGUUCGUUUGUGACCCACGCGGUGCACGACCAUCGAAUGACCCUGAGCGAAGACGAGCGGAAAAUUCUUAGCAAUAAGAACAUCUCCGCUAUCAUCCAAGGGAUUGGCAAAGACAAGGAACCCCUUGUAAGUUUUUUGGAACCAAAAACCAAAAACUUUCAACACCCUUUAGUUUCUACGGCUAACCUCAUAGGCCCCGGACACAGUUUUUAUGGGAAAUUUAGUGGCAUUCGGAUGGAAGGGGAGGAGACCCUCCCAGCCGGCUCCGCUGCCGGCCCUGAGCAGCCCCAGGCUGGUAUCUUGACCCCCAGCACCCUCUUGAACCUUGGCGGGCUCACCAGCUCGGUCCUGAAGACCCCCAUUACCUCAGUCCCCCUGGGGCCUCUGGCCUCCAGUCCUACCAAAUCCUCAGAGGGCAAGGAUUCUGGGGCAGCAGUAGGAGAGAAGCAAGAAGUGGGCGAUCCGGAUUGUUUCUCCGAGAAGGCAGAGCCAGCCGAGGAGGAGGCGGAGGAGGAAGAGGAGGAGGAAGAGGUGGAGGAGGAAGAGGAAGAGGAGGAGGAAGAAGAGGAGGAGGAAGACGAGGGUUGCAAAGGACUCUUUGCAAGCGAGUUGGACGACGAGCUGGAGGACAGGCCCCACGAGGAGUCUGGGGCUGCGGCAGGCAGCAGCAGCAAAAAGGACCUUGCUCUCUCAAACCAAAGCAUUUCUAACUCCCCCUUAAUGCCUAAUGUGCUCCAGACCCUGUCGAGGGGCACAGCUUCUACUAGUUCUAAUUCUGCUUCUUCCUUUGUUGUCUUUGAUGGUGCGAACAGGAGGAAUCGUUUAAGCUUUAACAGUGAGGGCGUCAGGGCCAAUGUGGCAGAGGGCGGCAGGAGGCUGGACUUUGCUGACGAAAGUGCCAAUAAAGACAAUGCCACAGCACCAGAACCAAAUGAAAGCACAGAGGGCGAUGAUGGGGGCUUUGUCCCCCAUCACCAGCACGCUGGCUCCCUCUGCGAGCUUGGGGUUGGGGAAUGCCCCUCGGGGAGCGGCGUGGAGUGCCCCAAAUGCGACACGGUCCUGGGCUCCUCCCGCUCGCUGGGCGGCCACAUGACCAUGAUGCAUUCUCGUAACUCAUGUAAGACACUUAAGUGCCCCAAGUGCAACUGGCACUACAAGUACCAGCAGACACUGGAGGCUCACAUGAAGGAGAAGCACCCGGAGCCAGGGGGCUCCUGUGUCUACUGCAAAAGCGGGCAGCCCCACCCUCGGUUGGCACGAGGUGAGAGCUACACAUGUGGUUACAAGCCUUUCCGCUGUGAGGUGUGUAACUACUCCACAACUACCAAAGGCAACCUCAGUAUUCAUAUGCAGUCCGACAAGCAUCUCAACAACAUGCAGAACCUGCAGAACGGAGGGGGGGAGCAGGUGUUUAGCCACUCGGCCGGGGCGGCGGCUGCAGCAGCGGCAGCGGCUGCCGCUGCGGCCAACAUCGGCAGCUCCUGUGGGGCCCCCUCGCCCACCAAACCAAAAACCAAACCCACCUGGCGGUGCGAGGUGUGCGAUUACGAGACCAACGUGGCCAGGAACCUGCGCAUCCACAUGACCAGCGAGAAGCACAUGCACAACAUGAUGCUGCUGCAGCAGAACAUGUCCCAGAUUCAACACAACCGCCACCUGGGCCUCGGCAGCCUGCCCUCGCCCGCCGAGGCCGAGCUUUAUCAGUACUACCUGGCCCAGAACAUGAACCUGCCCAACCUGAAGAUGGACAACACUGCCUCGGACGCCCAGUUCAUGAUGAGUGGAUUUCAGCUGGAUCCCACGGGGCCCAUGGCCGCUAUGACGCCUGCUCUAGUGGGCGGUGAGAUCCCCCUAGACAUGCGCCUCGGGGGCGGGCAGCUGGUGUCGGAGGAGCUGAUGAACCUGGGCGAGAGCUUUAUCCAGACCAACGACCCGUCCCUGAAGCUCUUCCAGUGUGCUGUGUGCAACAAGUUCACCACGGACAACCUGGACAUGCUGGGGCUGCACAUGAACGUGGAGCGCAGCCUCCCGGAGGAUGAGUGGAAAGCCGUGAUGGGGGACUCCUACCAGUGCAAACUCUGCCGCUACAACACCCAGCUCAAGGCCAACUUCCAGCUGCACUGCAAGACGGACAAGCACGUGCAGAAGUACCAGCUGGUGGCCCACAUCAAAGAGGGCGGCAAAGCCAAUGAGUGGCGGCUCAAGUGUGUGGCCAUCGGCAACCCUGUCCACCUCAAGUGCAACGCGUGUGACUACUACACCAACAGCCUGGAGAAGCUUCGGCUGCACACGGUCAACUCCAGACACGAGGCCAGCCUGAAGCUGUACAAGCACCUGCAGCAGCACGAGAGCGGAGUGGAGGGCGAGAGCUGCUACUACCACUGCGUGCUGUGCAACUACUCCACCAAGGCCAAGCUGAACCUCAUCCAGCAUGUGCGCUCCAUGAAGCACCAGCGCAGCGAGAGCCUGCGCAAGCUGCAGCGGCUGCAGAAGGGCCUUCCCGAGGAGGACGAGGACCUGGGGCAGAUCUUCACCAUCCGCAGGUGCCCCUCCACCGAUCCGGAAGAAGCCAUUGAAGAUGUUGAAGGACCCAGUGAAGCAGCUGCCGACCCAGAGGAGCUUGCUAAAGACCAGGAGAGUGGAGGAGAGAAGGAGCAGAGCAAGUGGACAGCGUCGUCCAGCCAAGCAGAGAAGGAGCUGACAGAUUCUCCUGCGACCUCCAAACGCAUCUCCUUCACAGGUAGCUCGGAAUCUCCUCUCUCUUCGAAGCGACCUAAAACAACAGAGGAGACCAAGUCAGAGCAGAUGUACCAGUGUCCCUACUGCAAGUACAGCAACGCCGACGUCAACCGGCUCCGGGUGCAUGCCAUGACACAGCACUCCGUGCAGCCCAUGCUGCGCUGCCCCCUGUGCCAGGACAUGCUCAACAACAAGAUCCACCUCCAGCUGCACCUCACCCACCUCCACAGCGUGGCGCCCGACUGCGUGGAGAAACUCAUUAUGACGGUGACCACCCCUGAGAUGGUGAUGCCCAGCAGCAUGUUCCUCCCAGCAGCUGUUCCAGAUCGAGACGGGAACUCCAGUUUGGAGGAGGCAGGAAAGCAGCCUGAAACCUCAGAGGAUCUGGGAAAGAACAUCUUGCCCUCUGUGAGCGCAGAGCACAGUGGAGACUUAAAACCUUCUCCUGCUGACCCAGGGGCUGUGAGAGAAGAUUCAGGCUUCCUAUGCUGGAAGAAGGGGUGCAACCAGGUUUUCAAAACUUCUGCCACCCUUCAGACCCACUUCAAUGAGGUUCAUGCCAAGCGGCCUCAGCUGCCUGUGUCAGAUCGCCACGUCUACAAGUACCGCUGUAAUCAGUGCAGCUUGGCUUUCAAGACCAUUGAAAAGCUGCAGCUCCAUUCUCAGUACCACGUGAUCAGAGCUGCCACUAUGUGCUGUCUUUGUCAGCGUAGUUUCCGAACUUUCCAGGCUCUGAAAAAGCACCUCGAGACCAGCCACCUGGAGUUGAGUGAGGCCGACAUCCAACAGCUUUAUGGUGGCCUCCUGGCCAAUGGGGACCUCCUGGCAAUGGGAGACCCUACCCUGGCUGAGGACCACACCAUAAUUGUUGAGGAAGACAAGGAGGAGGAGAGUGACUUGGAAGAUAAACAGAGCCCAACAGGCAGUGACUCUGGGUCGGUACAAGAAGACUCAGGCUCAGAGCCAAAGAGAGCUCUACCUUUUAGGAAAGGUCCCAACUUCACCAUGGAAAAAUUUCUAGACCCUUCUCGCCCUUACAAGUGUACUGUCUGUAAGGAAUCCUUCACUCAAAAAAAUAUCCUGUUAGUGCACUACAAUUCUGUCUCCCACCUGCAUAAGCUAAAGAGAGCCCUUCAAGAGUCGGCAACUGGUCAGCCAGAACCCACCAGCAGCCCAGACAACAAACCUUUCAAGUGUAACACCUGUAACGUGGCCUAUAGCCAGAGUUCCACUUUGGAGAUCCACAUGAGGUCUGUGUUGCAUCAAACCAAGGCCCGAGCAGCCAAGCUGGAGGCUGCAAGUGGCAAUAGCAAUGGGACUGGGAGUAGUAGCAGUGUCUCCCUGAGCUCCUCCACCCCAAGUCCUGUGAGCACCAGUAGCAGUAGCACCUUCACCACCACCAAUCCAAGCAGUGCUGGCAUCGCUUCGAGCUCCAACUUACUGAGCCAAGUGUCCGCAGAAAGCAUAGGGAUGCCGCCCCUGGGCAAUCCCAUCAGUGCCAACAUCACUGCCCCUUCAGAGCCCAAGGAAGCCAAUCGGAAGAAGCUGGCAGACAUGAUUGCAUCCAGGCAGCAGCAGCAGCAACAACAACAAGCACAGACACUGGCCCAGGCCCAGGCCCAAGUUCAAGCUCACUUGCAGCAGGAGCUGCAGCAGCAGGCUGCCCUGAUCCAGUCUCAGCUGUUUAACCCCACCCUCCUCCCUCACUUCCCCAUGACCACAGAGACCCUGCUACAGCUCCAGCAGCAACAGCAUCUCCUCUUCCCCUUCUACAUCCCCAGUGCAGAGUUCCAGCUCAACCCCGAGGUGAGCUUGCCCGUGACCAGUGGGGCGCUCACGCUGACGGGGACGGGCCCGGGCCUGCUAGAUGAUCUGAAGGGUCAGGUUCAGAUCCCACCGCAGAGCCACCAGCAGAUCCUACAGCAGCAGCAAAGCCAGCUGUCUCUGUCCCAGAGUCAUUCUGCCCUUCUGCAGCCAAGUCCGCACCCCGAAAAGAAAAACAAACUGAUCGUCAAAGAAAAGGAAAAAGAAAGCCAGAGAGAGAGGGACAGUGCCGAGGUGGGAGAGGGCAACCCGGGACCCAAGGAAUCGCUGCCGGACGCCUUGAAGGCUAAAGAGAAGAAGGAGUUGGCCCCAGCAGGUAGUUCUGAGCCUUCCAUGCUCCCUCCACGCAUCGCCUCGGAUGCGAGGGGGAAUGCCACCAAGGCUUUAUUGGAGAACUUUGGCUUUGAGCUGGUCAUUCAGUACAACGAGAACAAACAGAAGGUUCAGAAGAAGAAUGGGAAGACUGAGCAGGGAGACAACCUGGAAAAGCUGGAGUGUGACUCCUGUGGCAAGUUGUUCUCUAACAUCUUGAUUUUAAAAAGUCAUCAAGAGCAUGUUCACCAAAACUACUUUCCCUUUAAACAGCUAGAGAGAUUUGCUAAACAGUACCGAGAGCACUACGAUAAACUGUACCCCCUGCGGCCCCAGACCCCGGAGCCCCCACCGCCCCCGCCCCCACCCCCUCCUCCACCCCCACUUCCCACAGCACCGCCUCAGCCGGCUUCCACGCCAGCCAUCCCUGCAUCAGCCCCACCUAUCACGUCCCCAACGAUCGCACCGACCCAGCCAUCCGUGCCACUCACCCAGCUCUCCAUGCCCAUGGAGCUGCCCAUCUUCUCACCGCUGAUGAUGCAGACAAUGCCACUGCAGACCCUGCCGGCUCAGCUGCCCCCUCAGCUUGGACCUGUGGAGCCUCUGCCUGCGGACCUGGCCCAGCUGUACCAGCAUCAGCUCAAUCCAAGCCUGCUCCAGCAGCAGAACAAGAGGCCUCGCACCAGGAUCACAGAUGACCAGCUCCGGGUCCUGCGACAGUAUUUUGACAUUAACAACUCCCCCAGUGAAGAGCAGAUCAAAGAAAUGGCAGACAAGUCUGGGUUGCCCCAGAAGGUGAUCAAGCACUGGUUCAGAAACACCCUCUUCAAAGAGCGGCAGCGUAACAAGGAUUCUCCUUACAACUUUAGCAAUCCUCCUAUCACCAGCCUGGAGGAGCUUAAGAUUGACUCCCGGCCCCCUUCGCCGGAACCUCAGAAGCAGGAGUACUGGGGAAGCAAGAGGUCUUCAAGAACAAGGUUUACUGACUACCAGCUGAGGGUCCUACAGGACUUCUUUGAUGCCAAUGCUUACCCAAAGGAUGACGAAUUUGAGCAACUGUCUAAUUUACUGAACCUUCCAACCCGAGUCAUAGUGGUGUGGUUUCAAAAUGCCCGACAGAAGGCCAGGAAAAAUUACGAGAAUCAGGGGGAGGGCAAAGAUGGAGAGCGGCGCGAGCUUACAAACGACAGGUAUAUUCGAACAAGCAACUUGAACUACCAGUGCAAAAAAUGUAGCCUGGUGUUUCAGCGCAUCUUUGAUCUCAUCAAGCAUCAGAAGAAGCUGUGUUACAAAGAUGAGGAUGAGGAGGGGCAGGAUGACAGCCAAAACGAGGACUCCAUGGAUGCCAUGGAGCUCCUCACUCCCACCAGCUCCUCCUGCAGCACCCCAAUGCCCUCCCAGGCGUAUAGCGCCCCCGCACCACCGGCCAGCACAGCUUCCUCCGCUUUCUUACAGCUCACAGCGGAGGCUGAGGACCUGAAAACGGACGCGAGUGAUGAGAAACCAAAGCAGGUGGAACCUCCCAGUGCACAGUCAAACCAAACCCAAGAAAAGCAAGGACAACCAAAGGUGGAGCUGCAGCAGCAAGACCAGCCAGACCAGAAGAUAAACACAGCCCAGCAAAAGCUCCAACAGCUCACUUCCCCUGCUGUGUUACCACAGCCUCCUCCACAAGCACCCCCACCUCAGUGUCCCUUACCCCAGUCAAGCCCCAGUCCUUCCCAGCUCUCCCACCUGCCCCUCAAGCCCCUCCACACGUCAACUCCUCAACAGUUGGCAAACCUACCUCCACAGCUAAUCCCCUACCAGUGUGACCAAUGUAAGCUGGCAUUUCCAUCAUUUGAGCACUGGCAGGAGCAUCAGCAGCUUCACUUCCUGAGUGCACAGAAUCAGUUCAUCCACCCCCAGUUUUUGGACAGGUCACUGGAUAUGCCUUUCAUGCUGUUUGACCCUAGUAACCCACUCCUGGCGAGCCAGCUGCUCUCUGGGGCUAUACCUCAGAUUCCAGCCAGCUCAGCCACUUCUCCUUCAACUCCAACCUCCACAAUGAACACUCUGAAGAGGAAGCUGGAGGAAAAGGCCAGCGCAAGCCCUGGAGAAAAUGACAGUGGGACAGGAGGAGAAGAACCUCAGAGAGACAAGCGUUUGAGGACAACUAUUACACCAGAACAGCUAGAAAUUCUGUAUCAAAAGUAUCUCUUAGACUCCAACCCAACUCGAAAGAUGUUGGAUCACAUUGCGCAUGAGGUGGGCUUGAAAAAACGUGUGGUGCAAGUCUGGUUUCAGAAUACUCGAGCCCGGGAACGGAAAGGACAGUUCCGGGCUGUGGGCCCAGCCCAGGCUCAUAGGAGAUGCCCUUUUUGCAGGGCACUCUUCAAAGCCAAGACUGCCCUUGAGGCUCAUAUCCGGUCCCGGCAUUGGCAUGAAGCCAAGAGAGCUGGCUACAACCUCACUCUGUCUGCAAUGCUCUUAGACUGUGAUGGGGGACUCCAGAUGAAAGGAGAUAUUUUUGAUGGAACCAGCUUUUCCCACCUACCCCCAAGUAGUAGUGAUGGCCCAGGUGUUCCCCUCUCACCUGUGAGUAAAACCAUGGAGUUGUCUCCCAGAACUCUUCUUAGCCCUUCUUCCAUCAAGGUGGAAGGGAUUGAAGACUUUGAAAGCCCCUCCAUGUCCUCAGUUAAUCUGAACUUUGACCAAACGAAACUGGACAACGACGACUGUUCAUCUGUCAACACAGCCAUCACAGAUACCACAACUGGAGACGAGGGCAAUGCAGAUAAUGACAGUGCGACGGGAAUAGCAACUGAAACCAAAUCCUCCUCUGCACCCAAUGAAGGGUUGACCAAAGCGGCCAUGAUGGCAAUGUCUGAGUAUGAAGAUCGGUUGUCAUCGGGCCUGGUCAGUCCAGCCCCAAGCUUUUACAGCAAGGAAUAUGACAAUGAAGGUACAGUGGACUACAGUGAAACCUCAAGCCUUGCAGACCCCUGCUCCCCGAGUCCUGGUGCAAGUGGGUCAGCAGGCAAAUCUGGAGACAGUGGGGAUCGGCCAGGGCAGAAACGUUUUCGCACUCAGAUGACCAAUCUGCAGCUCAAAGUCCUCAAGUCAUGCUUUAAUGACUACAGGACACCCACCAUGCUAGAGUGUGAGGUCCUGGGCAAUGAUAUUGGACUGCCAAAGAGAGUUGUUCAGGUCUGGUUCCAGAAUGCCCGAGCAAAAGAAAAGAAGUCCAAGUUAAGCAUGGCCAAGCAUUUUGGUAUAAACCAAACAAGUUAUGAGGGACCGAAAACAGAGUGCACUUUGUGUGGCAUCAAGUACAGCGCUAGGCUGUCUGUACGUGACCAUAUCUUUUCCCAACAGCAUAUCUCCAAAGUUAAAGACACCAUUGGAAGCCAGUUGGACAAGGAGAAAGAAUACUUUGACCCAGCCACUGUACGUCAGUUGAUGGCUCAACAAGAGUUGGACCGGAUUAAAAAGGCCAAUGAGGUCCUCGGACUGGCAGCUCAGCAGCAAGGGAUGUUUGACAACGCCCCUCUUCAGGCUCUCAACCUUCCUACAGCAUAUCCAGCUCUCCAGGGCAUUCCUCCUGUGUUGCUCCCCGGGCUCAACAGCCCCUCCUUGCCAGGCUUUACUCCAUCCAACACAGCUUUAACGUCUCCUAAACCGAAUUUGAUGGGUCUGCCCAGCACAACAGUUCCUUCCCCUGGCCUCCCCACAUCUGGAUUACCAAAUAAACCGUCCUCAGCAUCGCUGAGCUCCCCGACCCCAGCACAAGCCACCAUGGCGAUGGCCCCUCAGCAGCCCCCCCAACCCCAGCAGCAGCCACAGGUGCAGCCGCCGCCGCCCGCAGCCCAGCCACCACCUGCACCACAGCUCCCACCCCAACAGCAGCAACAGCAGCGCAAGGACAAAGACAGUGAUAAGGUCAAGGAGAAGGAAAAGGCGCACAAAGGGAAAGGGGAGCCCCUCCCUGUCCCCAAGAAGGAGAAAGGAGAGGCCCCCACAGCAGCCACAGCCACGAUCUCAGCCCCGCUGCCCGCCAUGGAGUAUGCAGUUGACCCUGCACAGCUGCAGGCCCUGCAGGCAGCCUUGACUUCGGACCCCACAGCGUUGCUCACGAGCCAGUUCCUUCCUUACUUUGUACCAGGCUUCUCUCCUUACUAUGCCCCCCAGAUCCCCGGCGCCCUGCAGAGCGGGUACCUGCAGCCUAUGUAUGGCAUGGAAGGCCUGUUCCCCUACAGCCCUGCACUGUCGCAGGCCCUGAUGGGGCUGUCCCCGGGCUCCCUACUGCAGCAGUACCAGCAAUACCAGCAGAGUCUGCAGGAGGCGAUCCAGCAGCAGCAGCAGAGGCAACUGCAGCAGCAGCAGCAAAAAGUGCAGCAGCAGCCCAAAGCAAGCCAAACCCCAGUCCCCCAGGGGGCUGCUUCCCCAGACAAAGACCCUGCCAAAGAAUCCCCCAAACCAGAAGAGCAGAAAAACACACCCCGUGAGGUGUCCCCUCUCCUGCCGAAACCCCCCGAAGAGCCAGAAGCAGAAAGCAAAAGUGCGGACUCCCUCUAUGACCCCUUCAUUGUUCCAAAGGUGCAGUACAAGUUGGUCUGCCGCAAGUGCCAGGCGGGCUUCGGUGACGAGGAGGCGGCGAAGAGCCACCUGAAGUCCCUCUGCUUCUUCGGCCAGUCUGUGGUGAACCUGCAAGAGAUGGUGCUUCACGUCCCCACGGGCGGCGGCGGCGGUGGUGGUGGCGGCAGCGGCGGCGGCGGUGGCGGCUCGUACCACUGCCUGGCGUGCGAGAGCGCGCUCUGUGGGGAGGAAGCUCUGAGUCAACAUCUCGAGUCGGCCUUGCACAAACACAGAACAAUCACGAGAGCAGCAAGAAACGCCAAAGAGCACCCUAGUUUAUUACCUCACUCUGCCUGCUUCCCCGAUCCUAGCACCGCAUCUACCUCGCAGUCUGCCGCUCACUCAAACGACAGCCCCCCUCCCCAGUCGGCCGCCGCCCCCUCCUCGUCCUCCGCUUCCCCCCACGCCUCCAGGAAGUCUUGGCCGCAAGUGGUCUCCCGGGCUUCGGCCGCGAAGCCCCCUUCUUUUCCUCCUCUCUCCUCAUCUUCAACGGUUACCUCAAGUUCAUGCAGCACCUCAGGGGUUCAGCCCUCGAUGCCAACAGACGACUAUUCGGAGGAGUCUGACACGGAUCUCAGCCAAAAGUCCGACGGACCGGCGAGCCCGGUGGAGGGUCCCAAAGACCCCAGCUGCCCCAAGGACAGUGGUCUGACCAGUGUAGGAACGGACACCUUCAGAUUGUAAGCUUUGAAGAUGAACAAUAACAAACAAAUGAAUUUAAAUAAAAAAGAUUAAUAACAAACCAAUUUCAAAAAUAGACUAACUGCAAUUCCAAAGCUUCUAACCAAAAAAAAAAAAAAAAAAAAAAAA